AGAGGAUUCUCCUGAUGAUGAUAAUACGUCUUCCGAGGUUUCUUCUAUAGUGUACAGUCCAUCUCUGGCAGAGGAACCUGUUGUCGUGAAAGAGGAACCUGUUGUCGAAGAAGUUGACUAUCGCAAAGCAAAAAUGGAAAAAGUAGCAGAUUUCACGUGGUGUCCUGAUCUGUCUCCUGGCUACCUUUUGACUAAACGGAGGGGGUUAGCCCGUGAGAGGAAAAACAAAUGGAUUUUUAAACUCAGCCAUGAUGAACGUUUUGAUAGGUUAGUUAAAAUGUGUGCAAAAAGACUAGGAACAGGGACGACCCUUGAUGUGUUUCGUCAGCUGGGUCGAGAGACCGGUGUGAAAGAGUUCAAUGCAUUAAUAAAGAUGAGUAUACAGAAGGCAAGGACUACUAAUAAUGAAUACAUUGCCAUAGAAGAAUUGAGUAAGGCUUUUCACCUUUUAGAAAAUAUGAAGGAGUGCGGUUUUAAGCUAGAAGAGGAAACAUAUCAACCACUGCUUAGGUAUGUCAUAGACAUGGGCAUGGUUAAAGAGUUUCAACUUUUCUCUGAUGUGGUCAGAGCUGAGUGUUCAGUUUCACGGUUAGGUUACUAUGAAAUGUUGCUGUGGAUAAGAGUUGAAGAUGAAGAAAUGAUUCGGGAUAUUUGUGAAUAUAUUACCGUAGAAGAUGGCCAAGACACUGCUGCUAUGCGAGAAAAUUACUUAUUGGCUCUUUGUGAAAGUGAUCUGAAGAUCCAGAUUACAGAUGUGUUGAAAAAUAUAGACAUAACAAUGCUUUCAUCUGCAAAAUCUAUAGCAAGUGUAUUUCAAUCAUUAGGAAGGCUACAGUUGGAAUCUCUUGCCGAGAAUUUAUUUUUGGAUUUGAGAGCACAAGAUUUUGAUGAAGAUGAUAUUUCAGGCUUCAUUGCUGAUUAUGCUGUUAGCAUUCCAAAUUUAGCGGUUGAAGAUAUCAUCUCAAAAUUCAAGAGUUUGCAUGAUCUAUUGGAAGUUUUACAUUCAUCGUCAUCAUAUGAAAAGCUGAUUAUGUAUUGCUGUGAUUUAGGCAAGGUUGAUGUUGCACUUGAUCUUGUUGAUAAUAUGUGUGAAGCAGGCUUUACAUUGUCAACUAGGAUGUUACAGUCCAUAUUACACAUUUGUGAGGAAACCUAUGAACAUAUUUUGGUUUACCGGAUCUAUUCCAUCAUACAGCGGUUCCAUUUGAAGUUGAAUGGUGAAAUAUGUAGGUGUUUGGUAAAUUUUUGCGUGAGGGUGAAAGAUUUUAAAGGUGCAUACAAGAUGGUUGAUGACUUGGAGAAAAUGAAUUUCAAACCUACUACCGCCAUGUACAAUGCUAUAAUGGCAGGAUAUUUUCGAGAGAAAAAUAUCAGUGGUGCUCUGAGGGUCCUCAAGCACAUGCAGGAUGCCAAUCUUAAUCCUGAUGUACAGACUUUCAGCUAUUUGAUUAGUAAUUGUGAAACAGAAGAGGAUAUAAUCAAGUAUCGUGAAGAAAUGGAGCAAUAUAAAAUCCCACUUGCAAAACCGAUUUUUAUGGCCCUUAUUAAUUCAUAUGCAGCUUGUGGCAAAUUGGAUAUGGCAAAACAGGUCAUUUUGGAUCCGAACAUACCAGCAAAAAGCUUAAAUGAAAUCAAGAGCGUCCUUGUCUCAGCUCUUGCAUCACAUGGGCAGUUGUCCGAGGCACUCUUAGUAUAUGAGGAGAUUAAUAAAGCUGGAUACAAUUUGGAACCAAAAGCUGUUAUAAGUCUUAUCGAAGAGUUCACCAAAUUCAAAGGAGAGUUGGAUGGGAUGCUUAUGCUACUUACAGAAUUGAGUGAUCUAGACUAUUGGGUCGACGGCUGCUUCAGAGUUAUCAUAUAUUGUAUUCACAACAAGCAUCUAAGUUCUGCUAUUGACUUGUUCAAGAAACUCAAGGAUAAGUUUGAAAGUGAUGAACUAGUAUUGGAAGUUCUCUUUGAUGAAGUGUUUGCUGCAAUUGCAACAUCCGAGUCCUCAAAUUUGCAGAUUGGUUUAGACUUGCUUUGGGCAGUCAAGAACGAGCUUGGUCUCGUGCCUUCACGGCAAUGUCUUGAUUUUCUUCUAAGUGCCUGCACCAAUGCUGGAGAUUUGAGUAAUGCUCGUUUGAUUUGGAGAGAAUAUGAGGUUGCUGGAUUUCCAUACAACGUGCUAAGUUAUUUGAGGAUGUAUCAAGCACUUUUGGCAUCGGGAGAUUAUAGAUCUGCUAACUUUAUGCUAAGUAAAAUUCCGAAAGAUGACAGCGAGGUAUCUGCUAUCAUCAAAGCCUGUCAAGAAACAUACUCUGGUCUUUCCUCUGUGGCAAAGAUGAAAACGAAAGUAACAAAAAAGAAAGAAAAACGAGAGGCUUGAGUUCUCUUUCUAAGAUAAUUUUUAUGUCUUGGUUAAGAAAUGCUCGUCAGAAGGGUGGUGCAUUUCUUGUUAAUUUAGUUACGUCAAAUCAUGCUGAUAUUGUCCAUGCUUAGCUUGCAUCAGAUUCAGAAUGGUUUGAUUGGGUUCUCAUGUAUCCCAAGUUUCCAUGGUUAAACCAACCCCAUAUGAUUACCUUUUCAGUUUCAGCUUGAAAAGGUGGUUACUGCGCUACAAAGGAUGAAAGCUUAACAUCCAUGACCAUGUCUUGCACAGAAUUGGAACUCUGAUCCCCCAUCAUAGUUGAAGUUCUGUUUUUCAUCCAAAGAAAGAAGAUGAAAGCUGAAGGCACCUUAUUUUCCCAAGUAUCACCAGUUUAGACAUUAGAUCACUUGUAAUUCUUUAAUACCUUCUGGCGACGGAAUGUUCAAGAAGUCACUAUUAUUCUAACGAUUUAUUAUUAUUCUCCUUAUAUUUUUCUAACGAAACAUUUCUAGUAAUAUUCCAGAAAUAUAACUGAUCAAAUU